AGAAUUGAUGACCUUAAACGACUCCGUUUGAUUCAUUGUGUAUUUUGCUCUCUCGUAGAAAUGAGAUAUUCGUUUCACCUCCUCGUUUCCUCUCUUUCAUAUAAAUAGACUCGCUCUUCCACCAUUUCGAAAGCUCUCCAUCUCACAAUCUUUUUUUUUUUUUGUACACUUUUCUCCUUUGUUUUUGAGUUUCUCUCGAGUAACACACUGUUGCACAUAAACUUCGUACCUCUAAACCCUAGUUCCUCCUUCACCUUCUCUCAUCUUCCCUCAGGUUGAAGAUGGUGUCGGACGCCAGCGAAAAGAAAGCAGCACAGAAGAAGGCGGAUAACGGAGUGGAUAAUAUUGCCGAUGGAGAUAGUGCGCUCCAGAUAUCUGAUCGGACAUGUACUGGUGACCUUUGCUCUCAUCCUGUUUCGAGAGAUAUUCGUAUAGAGUCCUUACCAGUUACUUUCCACGGACAUGAUCUUAUUGUUGAUUCAAUACAGAUUGCGCCACCUCCUGCCAUACCCAACCAAGCUCCAAAUCGAACGGACUUAGCGCACAUCGCUGACUCCCUCGAAGAUGAGUAUUAUAUUGGCUUCACGCGCCACCGGCCAUGCUGCCACCGACGCUACACCGUCUUACGAUCAAACGAGCUAUUUAACCGGUUGUAUGUAUUAUACUUCGACCAUUUUCGAGCUACCUACCUCAGCUUCAAGAGCACCAUUGAAGCAUUUGAUGUGCCAGCUGAAGCUCCCCAAGGCACCACUCAGCUACAGUAUGCAGUAGCAUGCUAUAUCUCCUCCUUCUUCUGGGAUUUAUACGUUUCGAUUCGUAAAUCAGUGAAUAAGCUCUCCCACACUGCACUCUUGCGGUACUACUCUGUUGAGCGAAAUUACUCGCAAGAUCGCCACGAUCCUUUUCUUCACCAUCUCCUCUCGGUCAUCAAACCCACCCAUCUCUUCGGUUCACUCGAAGAUGUUUUAUUUAUACCUUUAAUUUGUAAUAAUGUUAAUUUUGACAAUGCUGCUAAUCCGUUCAGCAUCGCUAGAUUUAUAAUGAAUGAGGCUUUAGUCCAGGGUCUACUUGAUUGCAUGGAUGCGAAGAACUCCAAAUGGCGUACUGUCCCGCUACCCCACGAGACACUUGGACGUCCAUCCUGGCUCCUGGACUGGAGGCUGAAUCAGGCUUAUGCUUGGUUCCCGCAAGAAGGUCACUUCUCCAAAGAGGACCUCAUUGCUGCCCAAAUCCUUGGAAUUCCCUGCACUCCAAGACUCGGUCCAUGCGACGUAGAUGAUUGGCAAUUCUUUGCAGGCAAUGCCCUCCCUGCCCAACUAAAUGUCGCAAAUUACGAAAGGGCCACUCCCCGCCGCUUUUACGGAGCUGCUGAGUAUCGCACUAUCGCUCACCGGCAAUGGCUUGUACCACAAGCUAUCAUCGAAGGAUGUGCACAUGCUGGUUCUAAGCGACCCCAGCCCGAACCAUCAUCAAGCUCAGGUGGAACCGGACAUAUGGAAAUUACUCCAGCCGUUGAACCUCAACAACAACAACAACAGCAGCCACCCACUCCUCCAAGGCUAACCAGCUUUUACCAGUAUCAGCUCACUGACUGGUGUUACCAUGGACUCGUGGUUUUCAGGCUCAGCGAACAGAAACAGAAUGAAGCUUUCCGCUCCUUUCUUUUCACAGGCUCUGGUUAGUUUAUUGUUGUCCAUUUUAUUUCGAUCGGGUUGUAAGGAACUAUUUAAUCAUUGAACUUUGAACAUUUAAUUUUAAUUGAAUGUCAUUUUGUUCUGAAAAAAAAAGAA